AUGAAACUGGUCAGACCAUAUCGACUCUCAAGGCUUGUCCUGGCUUUGACCGACUUUCACAAGGCCCAGUGCUAUUUCGUUGUAGCAACAAACAUAGCCGCAAUAGUCAUCACCACGACUGAAGGUUUCAAACCGGACACCCUGCAGCAGAUCUACAACAACUACUUAUUCCUCAGACUUGUUGCGAUGACAUCGUGGUAUCUGAUCUUGCUCACUUUCAUAGCAGUCACUACGGCUCUUGGUACACUGAUCUUAGUCGGCAUUUUCAAUGUAACCGCAGAGGAUAGCAACUUCCUAGCCACUAAAGCCUUAUCAGGAGGUCCGGAGGAGUGUGGUGGGUUUCAACCUUGGCUUUGGUGCUUUGAAACUGUUGGUAGUGCUGGAGAGAAGGGUGUAGCCGGUCUCGAGAAACCGGCGUACAACACUUUUGCCUUUUGCCUUCUGGUCAUAUUUAUGGUCGUGUUACGCAAAUUUGGACUGACACAUCCGGGCAAGCGAUUGAGAGAUUCCAUGGGUCACGCCCAAAACCACGCUCGAAAUUUUGUACAAAAAAAAUUACGGCCAGCCACUGAUACGAUUUAUCGAAUUUAUAUCUCAGUCCGGCACUCUCUGCCUGAGCAAAUUGCCAGUCUACUUGAAGCGAGAUAUGGCAGUCUAGACGGGGACUCGCAGUUGGACAAGGCCGUCGUACAACGUCUUACGACACUGAGCUCUUCCGAAACAUUCUGGAUCAUAUUUGAAACCGUCAUUUAUCUUGUCUUGAUAAUUGUAUAUCUUGUGUUCUUCAACACAUUCCUGCGUGAGCUUGCCUGGUUCCACAAGCACAAUAUUUACGACACUAGUUGGAGCUUCGGACAGCUUGUCGCGAUCUUUGUUUGGGCUCCCGCACUAGGGGAGUAUGCACAUUUGGAGUUGAGAGGUAUGAAGCGUGGAAUGGAACACAAACUUCUACCCCCAUACCGGAUAGUGGGCCGAGAACGUGAAGACACGAGCGACGAACGGGGUUCAAGCGCACAAUCAGGAGAUGUCAGAGCAGAUUAUGUCGGUACAGAUAAUCGCCAUACCCAAGAAGUGGGUACCGAAGAAUUUACUACACGGAUACCAGAAAGGGACUCAGGCCGUCGGGAUAUCGAGAACCCCGAGACGCCGGUGACGUGGCAGGAUGACUUACCAUGGGUGUUUCCUGAACUGCGAGACUUGUAA